AUGAGCCACCGUGCCUGGCCACACUUAGUCUAGUUCUAUACCCUGGACUGUACAUUUAGUCUAGUUCUCUACCCUGGAGGAAGAAUACAUGAGUUUGUUGGUGAGUGCUUCGAGAUCUCUAGCCACCUUGCCUCCCAACACAGAGCCAGGCUGCUCCGGCUGGAAUACCCUGCCCGGAUAUCACAGGCCUGUACCCCCUGCAGGCCAGUCCUGCCUUCCUGGUUCUGUUCUUGCCCAACAUUCUGUAUGAGUCACAGCUACAAAUUCCAUUCCCAUGGGGAGGCUGACGGGCCCUUCCCCUGAGCGGGGCAUCUGCCCUGUGGAGUUGAGGGACUCACUCCAGGCUGCCAGUGUCCGCUCUGGGUUCCCAACCACCCAGCAGCUGGCAUCUCCCUGCCUGGGUGUGCCCAUUCCGUUUCUGACCUUCAGAGGUGCGCCUCUGAGCACCCCCCUGCGUACAUGGAGACGUUGCUGCUGCCCCGUGGUUGAGGGACUCCAGGCGAGAAAGUGAGCCCAGGCUGGGAACAGGGCUGCAGCUGUUCUCUUUUCUUGUCAAACCGUGGCCUCGGAAUGCAUCCACGGAUUUUGCAUCAGCUUUGGGGACAUGGCCCUCUCAAAACAAGGAAGCUUCAGCUUUGGCAAGGCUCUCCCUCCUUCAGACCUGCCGCUUUCCCUGACAUCGUGGAGUUCUGCGAGGCCAUGGCCAACGCUGGGAAGACUGUAAUUGUGGCUGCACUGGAUGGGACGUUCCAGAGGAAGCCAUUCGGGACCAUCCUCAACCUGGUGCCGCUGGCCGAGAGCGUGGUGAAGCUGACCGCGGUGUGCAUGGAGUGCUUCCGGGAAGCCGCCUAUACCAAGAGGCUUGGCACAGAGAAGGAGGUCGAGGUGAUUGGGGGAGCAGACAAGUACCACUCCGUGUGUCGGCUCUGCUACUUCAAGAAGGCCUCAGGCCAGCCUGCCGGGCCGGACAACAAAGAGAACUGCCCAGUGCCAGGAAAGCCAGGGGAGGCCGUGGCUGCCAGGAAGCUCUUUGCCCCACAGCAGAUUCUACAAUGCAGCCCCGCCAACUGAGAGGCCUGCGAGGGCCGCCCGCUCCCUUCCUGCCGCUGCUGCCCAGCGGACACUGCCCCACGUGCUGCCUGGCCACUCCAGGAGGAAGCUGGGAGGCGUGGAGGGUGACCACACCUUGGCCUUCUGGGAAGUCUUUGUGUGGCUGCCCCACCUGCCACAUACUCCCUCCUCUCCUACCCACUGGCCUGCUUAAAGCUUCCCUCUCGGCUGCUGGGACGAUCACCCAGGCUGGAGCUGGCCCCGCUUGGUGGCCUGGGAUCUGGCACACUCCCCCUCCUUUAGGUGAGGGACAGGGCCACACGCUGUUGACAUAAGCCUGCUUCUUCCUCUCUGCGGCUUUCACCGCUGAGUUUCUGUUCUUCCUGGGAAGCUGCACCAGCACCUUUGAGCCUUGGGCCACACUGAGGCUUAGGCCCUUCCUGGGACCGGCUCCUGCCCUCCCCUGAGGAUGGCCUGGACUCACGCCCUCUUGCUUCCUUUUGGGCUCAAAGCCCUUCUUACCUCUGUUGAUGGUUUCCACAGGAACAACAGCAUCUUUCACCAAGAUGGGUGGCACCAACCUUGCUGGGACUUGGAUCCCAGGGGCUUACCUCUUCAAGUGGGGAGACAGGGCAGGGUCCAUGCCUCUGCUGUAGUGUAUGAAAUUAACUAAUUCAAAAUUCA